CUCAUGGGUCUUGUUGAGCGUGCUGAGUUCGAAGUUGGCGGAACGGGGUUAUGGAAGGAACUCGGAGAGCUUGGGCUGGCAGACAUCCUCGUCCUGUGGCGGGUGCAUGGAAUAAUGCGAAGAUCACUAGGGCUAUUUAGAGCCACCGAUGUCCUCAAACAUUAUCGCGGACUCGAACUUGCUCGAGGACUGAACAGACUCUUGCAGCAC